CAGUUAAGUUCGUUGCAAGGAUCGAGUGGAUGGUUAGUAGUAACAUAAGCGGGUUAAGGCAGCGCGUUACAAAAAUGUGCUAAACAGUUUGUGAAAAUAAAGAACAAAAACUUAAGGAAAAAAGAAACACGCGUGAAAUUUAUAGUUUGUUCUAGAAAAAAUACGGAUUAUACUUGAAAACUGCUACCUUAAGUGGUUUGUGAAAUCAUUGAAAUUGAAACUUGUUUCCAUAAAUUAUCAAUCAAAAGUGUUUACAUGCAUGAGUUAUCCCACGAAAAUGGCGCCAAAUCAUCAUCCACAUCAUUUCAUGGUACACGGCUUGCCGCUGGAGCCAGUCUCACGCACUUAUCAAUACCGCAAGAUAAUGAAGCCGAUGCUAGAGCGCAAGCGGCGGGCGCGCAUCAAUAAAUGUCUAGACGAGUUGAAGGAUUUAAUGACCAGCACUUUGCAGGCGGAUGGCGAAAACCUCUCCAAACUAGAGAAAGCCGAUAUUUUAGAGUUGACCGUGCGCCACCUGCAACGCCUGCGCGAGACCAACGGUCUUUUCGUGCGUCACAGCGACACAAUGAACAUGGAAAAGUUCUGGGCCGGCUUUCAGCAUUGCGCCGUCGAGGUAUCGCAUUUCCUACAAAAAUACGAUCAACAAAACAAACACGUGAACGGAGAUCUAAUCAAAUAUAUUGCGAAUUAUGUGCCAAAUAUGGCAGCAGCAGUGGCUGCAGCGGCGGCAACAGCCAAUGGCACUACUACAGCUUCAGCAGCAGCAGCAGCAGCUAAGCCACAAACACCACAAGCCCCACCAGCAAUGGCAUCGGCUGGCAGUGGAGUUAGCGCGCUCAAUGUGGCCAAUAACAUAAAUGAGCACUACCAAAGAUUCUGUACGGCACUGCGCCACAUACCCACGGACACAGCAGUAACGAAAAUAGCGCCAAACACAACCGCACCGCAACCGCCUGCCGCAGCAGUGGCAAUGGCAGCCACGACGUCGCACGCCAGGCACCAACAAAUGCAAAUAUCUGCUUCAGCAAUUUCCAGCUUUGAACGCAUUUGGGAAGCGGCAGCGCGAGCAGCAGCCACCGACAAAACGCGAAUGCAUCCCUACGCCCGAAAACCGUUAAAUAAUCACAGCAAUGGCUUGAGCGUGGUGGAGCGUGCGGAUGGCGUUGGCGUGGGCGACGGCGGUGGCAUUGAUUGGGCCGAUGGUGGUUUUCUACCGGGCGAUGGCCUUGUUUGGCGACCUUGGUGAUGCCAGCCAUAUGCGCGCACACCAACAAUGCACAUUCCAUGCGUUCGUUCGCUCGUUCGUUCGUUCGUUCGUUCAUCAUUUGGUCGCCUGACCUUAAACGUGGAUAAUUUUACCUUUUAACGUAAUAAAAUUAUGCUUAAUGCAGCAUGCAUGCCCGCAUGUUUGUCUGUAUGUAUAUCUGCGUAUGUGUGUGUAUAUUUCGAAGGACCACAGCAGCAAAAUUUCUAUAUUUGUACAUAAAUGCAAAUCUGUUGUGCAACUGCAUGGUAAAAGCUUUAUUUAUUUCUAUGUGAAUAUUCGAAUAAUUCGAGUUAAUAAUUUAAUGAUUUUAAUGUAU